UCACUUCGUGCAGACCCUCAGAUCAAAGAUGCCGGAGGGCAAGGGCCCCUCCAUCGUGCUGCGCGCGAGGGCGCAAUACACUCGCUGCAGACGCUGAUCACGGCCGGCGCAGCCGUGGACAUGAGGGACACCUGCGAGCAAGCGCCCAUCCACAUCGCGACCUACUUCGGCAGAGAAGAGGUCGUGAGGGCACUGUUGGCAGCGAGAGCUGAUGCGGUCGCCGAGAACAUUCGUGGCCAAACACCGCGAAAGGUGGCUGACCGUCUUGGCUACACGACCAUUGUCCAGAUUAUCGACAAGGAGAUCGAGAGACGGGAGAUCGAAGAGCUCUACGCAGCCGAAGAGAGGGAUCGCGCUGAGCAGCAACUCAAGGCGCUCCUGGAGUCGGAAGCCACGGAGAACCGGCAGCGCCAGUUGGACCUCUGGCGACUGCAGCGCGAGGACUCCGGGACAGUCGUCGCAGCCAAUGCAGAGUCUUUGUGGUGGCAGUGGGAAGAGGCCAUUUAUUCGGAUUUGUUCAUAGGCGUGGACAGGUGGAUCGUACAAACCGAUGUCAGAUGCGCUGGCAGGAUACUGAUGCAGCUUGUUCCUGUGGCUUGGAAUUGGUUCGUGGCGCUCUUGGUUUGGGGGCUGCGGCGUGCUGGCCGUUCUGUGGCUGGGAAGAAGUACAGGACGGUUCGAACGGAUGUGACGACCUUUAACACGCGUUAUAGUCUUCUGAGCUAUGCCAUGAUGGCCAGUGAUGAGAAGAAGUCGGCAUCUUUCCGGAGGGCACUGCAGCGUUGCGCGAAGCAGCUGCGAUCCAGAGGUGACCCGAUGGUGGUUCUGGAGAUCGGCUGCGGUGCCUAUGCGCCCUUUGCCCGCAUCUGCACCGAGGAGGGCGCGGACAAGGUGCUCGCAAUCGAGGGGAACAGCUGGGCGGCUGCAAGGGCCCAGCGCCUUUUAGGAGAAGGUGCCAAGGUCUUCGCGGGACUCUCGAAGGACAUGGUGCCUGAAAGGCUUGGUGCACUGGCCAAUGUAGUUGUGAUGGAAACUAUCGGCGAUUGGGCAGCCAACGAGUACAUGGUGAGCACUUUUCUGGAUGCCCGGGGACGGCUCUGCGAGCCGACUUCGCAGUGGAUACCCGGCCAGGUGAAGACACGCUUCAUGCCGGUGACAAUUCCACCCUGGGGACAGGAAGGUGCAGUGCCGCCGGGCCUGUGGCUCUUGGGCAGCGACGCACGCUACGAGAGGCUAGCCCUUUCAGAGGCGGAGACGUUGGAGGCUUAUGACUUCAACGAGUGGAAGGAUGAGAUGCUGAAGCAACAUCGGAGCUGUGACUUCGAGAUCCAGACUUCUGCGGAUCUCCAAGGUUUCCUCCUUUGGGUGGAGGUCUUUCCGGACCGUGCUGAAGAUGCCCCACU